GCGCCCCCUCAGCGCGGGUGCGAACUACAGGCAGUAAGAUGGCGGAGGCACGACACAAAGCACGACCGUACAGCACUUUCCGCUCCUCCUCUGCCUUCCGCCCCGCUCUGUGGGGCCAUAAGCUCACUGCUGCGGUUUCGUCACGCCCCUGAAGCCUCACUGAGCUCGGGCCCUCCCCUUCCCUCGCCGACCGCUGCCCUGCCCGCUCCCGUCCUCCUUGAGGGCGGGGAACUGCUCCGGUUCGCCUUUCCAGCUGGCGUGGCCCGGGCCGGCUACUGUCGUGCCGGCGGGUUGGCUGGGGGGGGGGGGGUUGCGCGGCAGGCCCGAAGAUGGCGGCGGUCGGUGCGGCGGUGCGGGCCGGUUGUUGGGCCAUGCUGUCCCGGUGCCGCGGCAGGGUGGCGGUCGCGCCUCGCUUCGGAGCCGCGGCUUAUUCUUCCGCGCCUGCAGUGAGCAGCAAGGAAGGGCAGCAGAGGGAAGCUUCAGCAAGGAGAAGAGGCAGGACAUCACAGUUCAUAAGACCACAUAUACCUCCCAGAACUGAGAAGAUGGCUGUUGAUCAGGACUGGACCAGUGUUUAUCCAACAGCAGCUGUGUUUAAAUCUGCCUCUGUGCCUCUCCCAAUUCGAAUGGGUUACCCAGUGAAGAGAGGUGUACCUCCACCAAAAGAAGGCAACUUAGAACUUAUGAAGAUUCCCAAUUUUUUGCAUCUUACUCCUCCUGCAAUUAAGAAACACUGUGCAGCUCUUAAAGAUUUCUGCACUGAAUGGCCAAGUGCUUUGGACAGUGACGAGAAAUGUGAACAGCAUUUUCCUAUUGAAAUUGAAACAAUAGAUUAUGUUUCUUCAGGGACAUCUAUUCGUAAUCCCAAAGCAAGAGUGGUGACUUUAAGAGUUAAACUUUCUAACUUGAAUUUGGAUGACCAUGCAAAGAAGAAGCUCAUUAAACUUGUAGGAGAGCGGUACUGUAAGGAUACAGAUAUCCUCACAAUUAUAACAGACAGGUGUCCGCUAAGAAGACAGAACUAUGAUUAUGGCAUACACCUCCUCACAGUUUUGUACCAUGAAUCCUGGAAAACUGAGAUGUGGGAGAGUGAGAAGGCUGAGGAAGACAUGGAAGAGUAUACUUGGGAAAAUAGCCGCUCUCAGAAAAAUGCCUUGGAUACCCUACUUCGAAUAAAAGCCUCAGAGAAUGUCAGUAAUGUAUCUAAGGAAGAGCUUCUUGCAUCUGAAGUGGUUAAAAAUUACAGAAACUCUGUAAUUGCACUUAAAAAUGAAGGUGAAACAGAAAAUAAUAUGUCUCAGUAUAAGGAAUCUGUGAAGAAACUAUUGAAUAUACAAGCAUUACCAUGAGAGUGGACUCUGCAGGUAUACUUGAUUGUUACGGAAAUAUUAAACUACUAGGUUAAUAUUCCUGUAUGAUAUGGUUAUAUAUUUAUCCAGAACCUUAAUCAAAAAUAUGAAACUUUAUGAAGAAUUAAUUUCAAUAGUAAUCAGAUUUUUCAUUACCACUGGACUUUCUUGUAAACAUGAAAUUUUCUUGUCCAUGAAUCUUGUUCUUUGAAUAAAGUAUGUUUUGAGUCAUAUUGGUGACUUAAACAUUCUAUUCUGUGCUUUCUUAGUUUGGGAGAUCCUGGCUCAGACCUCAGCUUAAUCACAUUCUGACUUCUCACACAACUACUUUUGGCAUAUAACUUAGAGCAACAUGUCAAAAACAAUGAAAUUACUUAGGCUCCUAGUUCAUUAAUUAAGAGUCUGAAAGUUAAGAACUCUAAAUUUUCUAAAUGCUUUUCAAAUGUCAGUCAUUUUUCUCUGUCUGUACUCCCUACCUGUAAGAUGAAGAUACUAUUGCCUAAGUAGCUUAACUCUUGGAGAGGUGUUGAAGCACGCUGAACAGUGUGAGGUUCUCUCAGCUGUCAUCAUAAACGCCAAGAAAUACCCUAAGUAAAAAUACCGGUCUCUAAAAUGAUGGAAAAAAAUAAGGUAGUAAAUGGGAUGGUAGUGGGAAGGUGAACUAGCAGUUAUUAUCAGGAUGCCAGAGUACAUAGGAAAGGAAGACUGAUGAGUGUUGCUGAAACUGAGAGCUGUUGAUUAGUGAGACAAGUAUAUAUAUCUUAAAUAUGGAAUGGACUAAGUCUUGGUACCCUGAGGCCUGAUGAGUUGUCUCUUGAAUGUACCUAGGCUCUUCAAGGAAAAACACAUUUGUAGCACCCAGCUUACUGCUGUGAAGCAGACAUAAGUAACUCUACUCUUGCUUUUAUUGUACCUUCCUGGCUUACUAGGAUUUCAGCUUAGAGAGAAAAUCCUCAUUUUCUGGAAGGGGCAGAGGGAGGUUUUAUUCAUCAGACUUGAAGAUUCUGCUUACCUAUAAAAGAAAGUGUAUGGGGCCUUGCCAGCAACUCUUUGAGAGGAAAAAGUGUUAAGAAUAAGUACAUUGAAAACUGAAGGGAAUUGAUUUCUGCAGUGUUCUGUGUUGCUCAACUUACUGCUAGAGUUUCUCAUUGUUUUGUGUUUACAUGCCACCAAAGAGGGUAUUUAUUCCCAUUUCCAAAACAUUGUCCAUUUUGGAAGUAUUCUUAGGCAGAGAUUGUUUUCAUAUGGCAGGAGACUGAGUUAAUGCAACUUUUUACUCCUUAUGAGAAUUUGCAUGAGCUGUAGCUAAGACUGAAAAUGGUUAUCCUGUAACCCCAACUUCACACUUACCAACUGGGUUACUUCAUGGUCCUUCCUUCUAGAGCUGUAUUAAUGUGAACUUUAAGCAGAAGCUUAAUACGGGGAGAGUUUUAGCUGUUAUCAGCUUGUUCCUUUAUUAAGGGAUUAUGAGGGUAAUAUUUAAAAUUCUUGUUUGAAAUAAUACAUGUGCAAUUCCUAAUCUUUUUUUUAACAGCCAUGAAAACAAAAUUACUGAGGAAAUAGCUGCAGUUUGACUCAAGGACUGGUAUGGAUGGUGAAGUUGUGCCUGGCUUUAUUCCAAAGGCAGUUUGGUUCUAGUACUGUACACAUGAGAAAUUUGUUUCCUUACUUAGCUUUGUCAGUGCUUGCAUAAGGACUGGCAUAUUAGCAAGCAUAUGUAACUAACUUCUAUUUUGCAGUGGCAUGUCUUGUACCAGACUGUCAUGUUUUAAGUAACCCAAAACCCCAUAAGCUUGCUUUUCUCCGUAGAGUUGUCCUUAAUGUACUCGGCACAUACAAGCACCUGAUAAAGUCUUCUCUGCAGUAGAGCACAACUCAGUUUUCCUUUGCUUUUCAUACACUUUAUGUGGACCUAAGGAGAAUGCUGUAUGAAAGUUGUAGUUAAAGUAACAAUUUGACUUUACUAAUAGUGGCUGGUAGAAAGAAUAGCACAGCAAGGGAAAAUAUUUUUUCAUGUGAUUGUAUUAUCAUUUCAUUAGCUUCAUAGCUAAUUCAUGGAAAACCUAAAAUACACAACCAAGAGUUCCCUCUGAAGUGUUCAAGCCUAGCUUGUGUAUGUUCUAUAAAUGUUUCAGGAAAUACAGACAGGAUAAAAGGUGGCUAUCUCCUGAGUGUCUGACACUUGUAAUAUCUCUACCAACAACAGAUGACACCUACUGGCUAAGAACAAUGUUGGGACUAAUUCACUGUGUUCCCUAACCAUAUCCAACAGUUAUCAUCAGAAAUUAAUUGUCAAAGAUACCAGUUUUCCCAUAGUAUCUGGCUUCACGACCCUAUGGCUGUAGAACACUUAGUCAGCUGGCCUUAGAAAUAUGCAAGAGUGACCUCCAACCUUGGUUUUCAAUGUUGUCUUGUUGUCCUUGCUAAGAAACAUGCAAGCAAAAUUAUAAACAUUUAUAACUCUACAAGCGCCCAAUCCAGCUGCUAGAAUCAAAAACAGUAUAAAAUUCAGAGUUACACUUCUGAUUUUUACUAAUGGUUUAUGUGCUACAGUACAGAACUUGUGUAAUGCACUGGACUGGAUCAAAGGUAUUUUGUAUUUUGAGCUCUUAUGUUGGAUGUUUCUCUUUCUGGUUUUCUGCUUCUGCCUUUAAACUGUGUUUGAGGGUGACAGUAUUUCUCUGUAAUUAUGUAGAAUAUCUAGAACACUGGGAUCUUAACUCCAGUUGGAGUCUUCCCAACUGUAAUGAUGCAUAAUAUACCAUGUGUUUUUAUGAACUAUACACAUUUUUAUUUUCCUGUGUAUUCUUGCAGACCAUCUUACUGGAAAUGUGCACUCAAGUUUAAAAAUGGUUGAGUUAAGGAGUAAUAUUUUCAGGCUAAGCAGAUGUACAGCACAGUAAGAAGUACAUCCUUAGUAAUGCUCACUAAGGAUUUACUUCAUGUACAUUAUAAUGUAAAUGCAUGACUCUAAGGUGUGUAUCCCUCUACAUUCCUGCGUGUAUGUACAUUCUUGGCACGUGAAAGUGCUAACCUUACUAUUAAAUAGAAAUGUAGAUAGAUGACAAAUCAAGAAGCAGGCCAGCUUCCCUUAUAAACAUUUCAAGCAAGCUAGAGAUCUUGUGCUUGGUCAAACUGGAAAAGAACUUGCUUUGUCAGCAUUCUGGCUAAUUUUUUGCAUUUAGAAGCUAUUGUAAUCACUGGCAUAAGAUGUCUUUAGUAAACUGUGCUAGGAGUUGUGAAUUGAAAUGUUCAAAAUUCUGAGUCUAAGCGUUGCUAAAUAGUUUCUUGAGGUUUUUCCAUGUUCUGUCACACUUUUGCCCUUUGAAGAUGGGCUUUUGGACACUAAGCAUAGUGCCAGAUUAGAUAAGGCGGCCUAUACAGCGACAUUAAUUCAGUCCUUGACAAGGAGAGUACGUGUUACAACUACUUGUACUUCACCAAGCCCUAGGAUCUGAACGUGACAGGCUGCAUGUGAAGAGUUGGUAAACCCCUCCAGAUAAUCUUAUGAUCGUCCUAACUGGAGUUGACACUUUUUGCCCUGUUUUCAAGGCAUUGUAGCAUUGCUACAAGCACAAGGGAUAAAAGAUAGUUGUUUAACAAGGGAUGUGCUGUCUGGACAAACCUAUUUCUUCUUUUCCCUCAUAUUUAAAAUGUAUGUAUUUAUUUUUGUGUGACUCUCUUGGUCUGUAAUAAAAUAGUCCUGCUACUGUGCUUUACA